GAGUCCCCAAGCCCCGCCCCGCCCCGCCCCGCCCCCCGGGGUCCCAGCCAGGGCCCCAGCGGAGGCAGAGGCGGCGCCUGCGCCCUGCAGCCCAAGAACCAUCAGUGGUUCUUAACUCGGCUCCGAAGAUGGCCGACCAUGCUUUUGCGGGUACCAGUGGCAAUACAUCUUUGCGGGGUCUACGAGAACGUUUGGUUGCUGUGGCUCAAGAACUAGCCGAAGAACGGCGACGUAAACGUGGUAUUAAUCCUUCUGCAGUUACUACUAAGAGAGCGCCAUGUACACCUGUUUUAGAUUGCUCUGUCCUUAAAAAUGACAUCAAGCAGCAAUUAGCCAAAGAACGAAGAGAAGAGAAGAAACGCCAGCAGGAGGCCAACAAGGAAAAACAACUGCUCGAGAAACAACAAAAGGCUAAGCUGCAGUACGAAAAGCAAUUGGAAGAGAGACACCGCAGACUGAAGGAACAAAAGGAAAAGGACGAGCGACGCCGAGUAUCUGCCGAAGAAAAAAGAAAACAGAAACAGGCAGAAGACAAAGAAAAAUUUAAGGCUGCUCUGUCUCGUACAAUGGAACGAUGCAACCGCGUUGAUCAUCGCCAGAAGAGGUGGUCGUGGGAGGGCAGCAUGAUCAACAAUGACAAAUCUGGAAAAACAGAAAGUAAACGAAGUUCCUCUCUGAAUAGAAAAGAUAACCAAUUAUAUCCCAGUGUUGAUCGGGAACACAUGAACACCACGCCUGGCAUGACCAAAUAUAUUUUCCGCUAUGUGACUGUACCAGUAUUUACAAGUGAUGAGCCAAAGUCUUCCGCAAUGUUCAGUAAAUCAUCAGUAAAAAUGCCAGUUCCAACAAAAUUACAAAUAACACCAACAAAGAAAGUAGAAACACCCAUCCAGGAAAAUGUGGAAAGACCAGCAACGAUGAAUGUAGAAACAGCACCCCAGAUGAACAUGGAAGCACUGUCUCUGGCAAACGUGAAUGAACCAUCUCAUGUGGAAACAACUAGUCUGGAAAUAGCACUCCAGAACAUGAAGGACAUCUCUGAAAAUAGGGUGGACGUUUCCCCCAAGGUGAAUAUUGACAUACUCAAUAAUGCAAACUCAACAAGGCACACUGAGUCAAGUGUUGAAGAAUUCCCCACAUUGAGUAUGGAUGCCUCUUUAAGCAUUGAACCAUCGCCCGUUGUGAGCAAGGAUUCAUCCCCUGUUCUGAGCACGGAAUCAUCCUCCUUUACAAGUGUGGAAAUAUCUCCUAUUGUUAGCAUGGAUACCUCACCUGAGGAGGGCAUAGAUACCUCAACAGAAUUAAGUAUGGACUCAGCAAGUGCUGUGGCCUCAGAAGGAAAUAUAGAUAUAUCUAAGAGCAUGGAUGACUUAAAACUUGAGGCAAGUGCGGAACCUCAGCCUGAGACUCAUGUUGAAGUAUCACCCAAGUAUGUUCAGAGCCCAGAAGUGGACAAAAGAAACGAAAAUCUUAUCACCAAGAAACAACUACCAUCCCAGAUACCAUGUUACAAAUGGCCAUCAUCUCCCACAAUUGGGUGGCGCCCACCUUCUCCCAUGAAGGCUAUGCAGAGUCAAAAGAUCCGACCUCCAUCCCCUCUACCAGUCUCAUCAAGACUAUCAGCGAAGACUUCUCUAUCAUAUAAAAUAACCCCAGUGCAGAAUAUCCUAUAUGUGCCAAAUGCAUUAGGUGUGAUCGCAAAGAAAAAAGAAAUCAUCCAAAAGCAUACGAUCAGCACAGAAUCUGGCAAUAAAAGCAUGCCAAGCAGUGAAGCGACCAUGAAAGUUUCAGUAGAGACACACCAUGAUGCUUACGAACAAAAAGGCAAACAAGAGAAAGAAGGAAUCCAGAAAGAGAUGAAACAAAGGAAAUCAGAGUGUAUGGCAGAGAGAAUGGAUGAAGUCCCAGAAGAAGAACUCUCAGCACACAAAGAUGAGCAGCAAGAUCUGACAAAGAGACAUUUGGAACCACCAGAGAACCAGAGACAACAGCUACAGAAAUGGGACAAUGCCACGAUGAAAUCUGAGGAUAGUGCGGAAAACAGAAAGAAAGAUCAGGAAAGAAUUAUGCAACAAAAUUUGCAAGAAAGAUUAGAAAGGAAAAAGAGGGUUGAGGAAAUAAUGAAGCGGACAAGGAAGACAGAUGUGAAUACCUCGAAGGCUUCAGAAAUAGCUGAUAAAUCUGAAGAGGACGAAGCUGAUGAUGAAGGUGAAACAGAAAGUGAUGAGGACUCCCUUGAGACACUUCCAUCAGGAAUGAAAACGUCAUCUACCAAACUCAAAAAGUUUCACAAAAACUCCAAGAGAAGGUCUCAAAAGCUAGUGUUUCUGCAAGCGGGAUCUGAUGAGGUUGAUGCAGAGAAGAAAAUAUAUUUUAAUGGGAACAUGAAAGUUGUCAAACCAAACGACCCAAAGGCCUCUACAUCUCAAGCAAAAGGUUCCAAGACACCUACCAGAAAACCAUCUACCCGGACAGUGAGAAGCAGAAAAGCAAGGGACCCCACCAUCCGAUCUUCUCUGAGUGUCACCACCAAUCAGGAGUGGGUUUGUGACAAAAUCAUAGACCUUAGUCACAUCACUGAAUCACCUGUCAUAAAGAACACUGCUGGUAGCAAAAACCAAAAUUUAAAGUAUUCUGUGACAACUUGCCAAAGUCCUCAGGCACCUUUGGACCACAAACAACCUGUUUCUGCUCCUUUGACGAAGGUUUUGUCUUGCCUUCAUGUAACUGAAAGAGCAACUGAUUUUGCAAAUCCCUUUGCCUCUGGCUGUUCCAGGAUGGCACUUGGAGGAGAGGAAGAUGAUAGUGAUGUAUAAACCCUAUGGAGCCUGGGGGAUUGAUCGUCUUCUUCCACUCUGUAUUAAAACUCCCAAGGCCAAAAUUGUCUCCUUCAUACUUGAAACUGGCAAAGGAAUUUACCAUCAAAAAAGGAAGAAAGAGGAAAACAAAAAAUCCCAUCUAGUAGUCAACCUCAAUACCUACUUAAGAAUAUAUUACUAUCACCUUGUUCUCUAGUGAGAGUUUUAAGUAAAGAGGUUUCUGUUUUCCUUGGGGAAAAAAAUCUCUAUUGUCUCUUUCUUGGGUUUCUAUCAAUAGGUAUGUCAAGGAAUUCCUCAAGGAUCUUUUCAUUAAAUGAUCAUUUUCAGUCCCUCACAGAAAUCCUAUUAAAGCAGUGUCUCUAUUCCAGGAUCUAUUUGACCUAAAAUAGUUGAUUCUGGUUCAAAGUGACACUUCUUCAACAACUAGAAGCAAUCUGAUCUUGUAGAAAGCAUAACAUUGUGUGAGGAACUCAGAGUGCUCACUAUAGUUGUGUCUGAUUGUUCCUAAGAGACACCAAAGUUUGUGGAACAGCACCGCUUUAUUGCCUAUAUGUAUGGAUAUUUUUUUAAUUCAGGUCUCACCCCUGUCCAGUGCGGAUACCUCCAAAUGCCAGAACCAGAAAAUGUAAGUUUAGUCCAUCAAUUUCUUUCAUGAUCUCAUCAUUGUUUCAUCUUGAGGUACCUAGAACAGUUUAUACACAAAAUGUGCAUUAUUCUGUUGCAACAGUACAGAGUACGAUUAAUUCCCUUAAAUAUUGUGUACUUAAACCUUUUUUGCCUUGCCUCCCAGGCCUGUCCUUCAGUAUACACUCAGGCUUGAGACAUAUAAGCAAAAUGUGCUUGCUGUUUUUUUUUUUUUUUUUUGGUUUUUACGAGACAGGGUUUCUCUGUAUUGUUUUGAAGGCUGUCGGUCCAGCCUAGCCUCGAACUCACAGAGAUCUGCCUGCCUCUGCCUCCCGAGUGCUGGGAUUAAAGGCAUGCGCCACCACCGCCCAGCGUGCUCGCUCAAGUUUUUUAGGCACUUGUAACAAGUGAAGACAAGAGCAGUGCUAUUCUUCAGGUCCGGUGCCAGAUACAUGGACAUAAACUCGUGUGAAUUUGCACAUGUAUCUGCACUCAGAGGUGAUUCCAUAAAACUAGAACACACAUUGCUUGCUCUAACACCAACAAGCCUCAUUGUUGAUCACAAAUGGUUUAAGAUAGGCCAAUGUUUCUUUAGCCAACAAUCUUGCAUUCCCAAAAAGAAUAAUUACAUUUUCUGAUGCUUGGUCCCUUUGCUACCUGUUAUGUAUUAGAGCGGGAUGCCUCAGGUUUUAAAAUCUAUUUUUAGAUACUGGUUCUUAAAUGUAGACAGCAAAAGGCAAUCAUUCUAAAAGAUGAGCUUUUGGUAUUUUUCUAUACAAAUGUCAUGUGCUAAAAUACUUUCUCUUAAAUAUGUGCCAUAUGAAAUAAAUGUCUCAGAAAAAAAGCUUUGUUUUUGCUAUAAUAGAAAUAUACUGGUGGUGACAUAAAAUAAAGGUGAUACCAAGUGUCAGGCGAA